AUGGCGCCCAGGUUUUACUGGGACUUCACGAUGCUGCUCUUUAUGGUGGGCAACCUGAUCAUCAUUCCCGUGGGCAUCACCUUCUUCAAGGAGGAGACCACGGCGCCCUGGAUCGUGUUCAACGUCGUCUCCGACACCUUCUUCCUGAUGGACCUGGUGCUCAACUUCCGGACGGGCAUCGUCAUCGAGGAUAAUACGGAGAUCAUCCUGGACCCUGAGAGGAUCAAGAAGAAGUACCUCAAGACCUGGUUUGUGGUGGACUUCGUCUCUUCCAUCCCUGUGGACUACGUCUUCCUCAUCGUGGAGAAGGGCAUUGACUCAGAGGUCUACAAGACGGCCCGCGCCCUGCGCAUCGUGCGCUUCACCAAGAUCCUCAGCCUCCUGCGGCUCCUGCGCCUGUCCCGCCUCAUCCUGGUGGGAGCCGGGGGAGACCCUGCGAGGGUGAGGGGACUUAGCGGGGAGAGCCCCGGGGACAAGUUAAAGCCCUGCGUGGCUGCGCGGAUUAUCCUGAUCUUCCACAUGACGUACGACUUGGCCAGCGCGGUGAUGCGGAUCAUCAACCUGAUCGGGAUGAUGCUGCUGCUGUGCCACUGGGAUGGCUGCCUCCAGUUCCUGGUGCCGAUGCUGCAGGACUUCCCCCAGAACUGCUGGGUGUCAAUCAAUGGGAUGGUGAACGACUCCUGGAGCGAGCUCUACUCCUUCGCCCUCUUCAAGUCAAUGAGCCACAUGCUCUGCAUCGGCUAUGGGAAGCAGGCGCCCGAGAGCAUGACAGACAUCUGGCUGACCAUGCUGAGCAUGAUCGUGGGGGCCACCUGCUACGCCAUGUUCAUCGGCCACGCCACUGCCCUCAUCCAGUCGCUGGACUCCUCCCGCCGCCAGUACCAGGAGAAGUACAAGCAAGUGGAGCAGUACAUGUCCUUCCACAAGCUGCCCGCUGACUUCCGCCAGAAGAUCCACGACUACUACGAGCACCGCUACCAGGGCAAGAUGUUCGAUGAGGACAGCAUCCUGGGGGAGCUCAAUGAGCCCCUGCGUGAGGAAAUUGUGAACUUCAACUGCCGCAAGCUGGUGGCCUCGAUGCCGCUGUUCGCCAACGCGGACCCCAACUUCGUGACGGCGAUGCUCACCAAGCUGAAGUUUGAGGUGUUCCAGCCGGGCGACUACAUCAUCCGCGAGGGCACCAUCGGCAAGAAGAUGUACUUCAUCCAGCACGGCGUGGUCAGCAUCCUCACAAAGGGCAACAAGGAGAUGAAGCUCUCCGACGGCUCUUACUUUGGAGAGAUCUGCCUGCUGACGCGCGGGCGGCGCACAGCCAGCGUCCGCGCAGACACCUACUGCCGCCUCUACUCGCUCUCGGUGGACAACUUCAACGAGGUGCUGGAGGAGUACCCCAUGAUGAGACGGGCCUUCGAGACCGUGGCCAUCGACCGCCUCGAUCGCAUCG